AUGUUGGAGCUGCAGCUCGACGCGGGCGAGGAGCUGCGCCGGCUGCGGGGGAUCCUCGACGCCCACUUCAUCCCGCACGCCGCGGAGGCGGGGGCGGGCCGUGGGCGCCCCUGGGGCCUCUCGGAGGGGAACCCGGCCCUCAUCCACCGCGAGCUCGGGCAGAUCGAAGCGAACGACUGGCAAAAAACGCUGAUCUCGGACCAGGCGGAGACCAUCGCGCGGCUUAGGGUUGAGCUCAACCAGCUGAAGUUCGCCCACGCGCCGGAUAGGCGCACGAUGGAGGAGGAGACCCGGGGCCUUCGCAAGGCCCUCGAGGCCACCACGGAGGAUAGCAACAUCGAGGUAACCUCAAUUAACUAG